AUGGACGGAAUUCGCUCCGGUAACACCAUCGGCAAGCCUAUUCGAUGUAGAGCUGCAAUUGCUAGGGAGCCACGAAAGCCGUUGGUUAUCGAGGAAGUGAUAGUGGCACCACCAAAAAUGCACGAAGUUCGGAUUAAGAUUAUAUGUACAUCCCUUUGUCAUAGUGAUGUUACUUUCUGGAAAUUAGAGCAUCCGCCUGCUGUUUUCCCCAGGAUACUAGGUCAUGAAGCACUGGGGGUUGUAGAGAGUGUGGGAGAAGGUGUACAUGAAGUUGUUGAAGGAGACACCGUGAUCCCAAUCUUUUUGGCGGAUUGUGGUGAAUGUAUAGAUUGCUUGUCCGAGAAAAGCAACUUGUGUACAAAGUUGCCUUUCAGCCUUUCUCCUUGGAUGAAGAGAGAAGAGACAAGCAGGUUCACAAACAUUAAUGGAGAAACUCUAUACCACUUCUUGUCCAUAUCAAGUUUUAGCGAGUACACAGUGGUCGACAUUGCUCAUAUAACGAAAUCGGAUCCAGCAAUCCCAGCAAAUAGAGCUUGCCUCUUGAGUUGUGGGGUAUCAACUGGACUGGGUGCAGCUUGGAAAACAGCAAAGGUAGAAGCCGGAACAUCAGUUGCUAUAUUUGGGCUUGGUGCAGUCGGGCUAGCGGUUGCUGAAGGAGCACGGCUAUGUGGAGCUAAGAGGAUCAUAGGUGUUGAUGUGAACCAGGACAAGUUUGAAAUAGGGAAGAAAUUUGGAGUCACUGAUUUUGUAAACUCGCGUAACUGUGGGGACAAACCUGUAAGCCAGGUAAUUAUCGAGAUGACUAGUGGGGGUGCAGACUACUGCUUCGAGUGUGUUGGUUUGACGUCCUUGGUGCAUGAAGCUUAUGCUUCAUGUAGAAAGGGAUGGGGUAAAACAGUUGUGGUAGGAGUUGACCACCCGGCGGCAAUGUUGACCUUCAAUUCUUUGGAGGUACUUCACAGUGGGAAAUCUCUCAUGGGAGCAUUUUUUGGUGGUAUCAAACCAAAAACUGAUAUUCAAAUUCUCCAAAAACGCUACUUGAAUAAGGAACUAGAACUUGAUAAAUUUGUGACACAUGAGGUUGAGUUUGAAGACAUCAACAAGGCUUUUGACUUGCUCCUCGAAGGGAAGAGCUUACGAUGUGUGAUUUGGAUGAAUAAAUAG